AAUCUUUUUGUAUUGAUUUGAGCAUGCCUACUUGGACUUUAAGUGAUUGUCCUGAUGAUUUGCAAGCGAUUGGUGAAUUAAGAUUUUUCUGUUAAUUUCUGCUUGUUUUGUCUCCGAUGUGGAUAUGUUAUUGAUGACCCUGCUUUGAUGAUUUGAGAAUUUUUGUAAAUUAUGAUUUUCCGGUUAAACCCAUGCCCACAUGGAAAUUUUCUGGUUAUUUCUGAAAUUUGGGAUUUUGAUUGUGAAUCCUGCAUGGUUUUGUCUCUGAUAUGGUCAUGAUUUUCGAUCCCCGCUAGUGGGUGUAACGCUGGCACUCCUGAUCCCUGCUAGUGGGUGUGUAACACUUUCGAUCCCCGCUAGUGGGUGUAACGCUAGCACUCCUGAUCCCCGCUAGUGGGUGUGUAGCAUCCUUGAUCCCCGCUAGUGGGUGUAACGCUAGCACUCCUGAUCCCCGCUAGUGGGUGUGUAGCAUCCCUGAUCCCCGCUAGUGGGUGUAACGCUAGCACAUGUCGACAUGUUUACUGAUACGACCGGUUCAUUCUGACGCUUGCCUCUGGGCGAAUACAUUGGCAAAUUUCUGUCGCCUGCCAGUGGGUUGUUAUAACACUGGCCAUGGCUUAUAGAUGAGACUACUGAUGAGAUUUAUUCUGCAUGAACGGUUUGUCAUGAAACACUGUUAUUGAACUGAAUCUGAUUUUACAUUGACGGUUUUGUCAUUGAAUGUUUUGCUAUUGAACCGAAUUUGAUUUCCGCAUUAACGGUUUAUCAGUGAAAGUUCUGUUAUACUUACAUGGUUUAUCUGGCAUGCUUAAAAGUUUUACCCAAGGGCUAUCCAUAUUUACUUACUGAGUUAUUUUAUAGUUUUCCUUGUCCACCAUUUCAGGAAACGAAAUCGAGGACGGGAAAACCAAGGGGAGUGACGAGUUAGAAGGCUAGCCACCUGUAAUUUGAAUGUGGAUCUUAGAUAUAAAUGGUGACCUUGUAAGUUAGAGUAAAUUUUAAAGAUUUGAUCUUUAGAUUUUUGUGAUAUCAGAUGUGAAUUGGAUAAGUUCCGAGCCUUGUGCACUUGUGGGACCCGUCUCACGAGUGCACGGCGUCUGUCGCGUCUCGGAUUUGGGUUCUGGGGCGUGACAGUUGUCAACACUCAUUGUUGUUGUAUAAAACCAAUUGGUUUUCCAGAAUUAUUGAAUAUUGAAAAGCCAAUAUUAAUAGAAGGGGCUAUACCAA